CUUCUACUUUCAUUGACUGCUCUUACCUCCUCUCGACUCCUCCCUGUCUGGCCUCCAUGACUCUCGCGAGACUCGAGGGCCUCCGUUACGCGCCGCUCCAGUUGAGCGGUGCACAUCUCGCGAGGCUGAGGCAGGGCCGGGCCCGACAUGGCGGAAGAGGAGGUGGCCAAGUUGGAGAAGCACCUGAUGCUUCUCCGACAAGAGUAUGUCAAGCUGCAGAGGAAAUUGGCAGAGACAGAGAAGAGAUGCACUCUUUUAGCUGCACAAGCAAAGAAAGAAAGCAGCAAUGAGUCCUUCAUCAGCCGCCUGCUGACGAUCGUGGCCGACCUCUACGAGCAGGAGCAGUAUAGUGACUUGAAGAUAAAGGUUGGGAGCAGGCACAUCAACGCUCACAAGUUUGUCCUGGCAGCCCGCAGUGACAGCUGGAGUCUGGCCAGUUUGUCUUCCACUGAGGAGUUGGACCUGUCAGAUGCUAACCCUGAGGUGACAAUGACAAUGCUUCGCUGGAUCUAUACGGAUGAGUUGGAGUUCAGAGAAGACGAUGUGUUCCUGACUGAGCUGAUGAAACUAGCUAAUCGGUUUCAGCUACAGCUCCUUAGGGAGAGAUGUGAGAAGGGUGUGAUGUCUCUGGUGAACGUCAGGAACUGUAUUCGCUUCUAUCAGACUGCGGAGGAGCUGAAUGCCAGCACAUUGAUGAACUACUGUGCAGAAAUUAUUGCAAGUCACUGGGAUGACUUACGGAAGGAGGACUUCAGCAGCAUGAGUGCUCAGUUGUUAUACAAAAUGAUCAAGUCCAAAACCGAGUACCCAUUACAUAAAGCUAUCAAAGUAGAGAGAGAAGACGUGGUCUUUCUUUAUCUGAUUGAAAUGGACUCACAGCUCCCUGGGAAACUGAAUGAGUUGGAUCAUAACGGAGACCUUGCAUUAGAUCUAGCCCUUUCCCGACGGCUGGAGAGUAUCGCCACCACGCUGGUUAAUCACAAAGCUGACGUGGACAUGGUGGACAAGAACGGCUGGAGCUUGUUACAUAAAGGAAUCCAAAGAGGAGAUCUCUUUGCUGCCACUUUCCUCAUUAAGAAUGGGGCCUUGGUCAAUGCUGCCACAUUGGGUGCCCAGGAGACACCAUUGCACCUCGUCGCAUCAUACAAUUCAAAGAAACACUCGGCAGCUGUGAUGUCCGAGAUGGCACAGCUCACAGAGGCCCUGCUGCAGGCUGGCGCGAACCCCAACAUGCAGGACAGCAAGGGCAGGACUCCCUUACACUUGUCCAUCAUGGCCAGGAAUGAAUACGUGUUCAAUCAGCUGCUGCAGUGUAAACAGUUAGAUUUAGAGCUGAAAGACCACGAGGGCAGCACAGCUCUGUGGCUGGCCGUGCAGUACAUCACUGUGUCUUCCGACCAGUCCGUAAACCCCUUCGAAGACCUCCCUGUGGUGAACGGAACUUCAUUUGAUGAAAACAGCUUUGCAGCCAGGCUCAUUCAGCGCGGCAGCAACACCAAUGCACCUGAUACAGUAACAGGAAAUUGCUUACUACAGCGGGCAGCCGAAGCAGGAAAUGAGGCAGCAGCUCUUUUCCUGGCAACCAGUGGUGCCCAUGUCAACCACAGGAACAAGUGGGGAGAAACCCCGCUGCACACAGCCUGUCGGCAUGGCCUGGCCAACCUCACUGCAGAGCUGCUGCAGCAGGGGGCCAACCCAAACCUGCAGACAGAGGAGGCCCUGCCGUCCCCGAAGGAGGCUGCGUCCCUGCCCAGCUUAGCGGACAGCAGCGUCUACCUGCAGACACCCCUGCACAUGGCAAUCGCCUAUAAUCAUCCAGAUGUGGUGUCUGUCAUCCUGGAGCAAAAAGCUAAUGCUCUUCAUGCCACCAACAACUUGCAAAUUAUUCCGGACUUCAGUCUCAAGGAUUCUCGAGACCAGACUGUGCUGGGCCUGGCAUUGUGGACUGGCAUGCACACGAUCGCAGCACAGCUGCUGGGCUCUGGGGCUUGCAUCAAUGACACCAUGUCAGAUGGGCAGACCUUGCUCCACAUGGCCAUGCAGAGGCAGGACAGCAAGAGCGCCCUCUUCCUCCUGGAACACCAGGCAGACAUAAACGUCAGGACUCAGGAUGGGGAGACGGCCCUUCAGCUGGCCAUCAGGAAUCAGCUUCCCCUCGUCGUGGAUGCCAUAUGCACCAGAGGAGCUGACAUGUCUGUGCCGGAUGAACAGGGGAACCCCCCGCUGUGGCUCGCACUGGCAAAUAACCUGGAGGACAUCGCAUCCACUCUGGUCAGGCACGGUUGUGACGCCACGUGCUGGGGCCCAGGGCCAAGCGGCUGCCUCCAGACGCUGCUGCACAGAGCCAUCGAUGAGAACAACGAGCCCAUCGCCUGCUUUCUCGUUCGCAGUGGCUGUGACGUGAAUAGUCCCAGACAGCCUGGUGCUAAUGGGGAAGGAGAAGAAGAGGCCAGAGAUGGGCAGACCCCUCUGCAUUUGGCAGCCUCCUGGGGGCUGGAAGAGACAAUCCAGUGUCUUUUGGAGUUUGGUGCCAAUGUAAAUGCACAGGAUGCAGAAGGAAGAACGCCUGUCCACGUGGCCAUCAGCAACCAACACGGUGUCAUCAUUCAGCUGCUGAUCUCUCACCCCGACAUCCACCUGAACGUGCGAGACCGGCAGGGCCUGACCCCCUUUGCCUGCGCCAUGACCUACAAGAACAACAAGGCGGCCGAGGCCAUCCUGAAACGGGAGUCCGGGGCUGCUGAGCAGGUGGAUAACAAGGGCCGGAAUUUUCUGCACGUGGCAGUUCAGAACUCUGAUAUUGAAAGCGUCCUGUUUCUGAUCAGCGUCCAGGCGAACGUCAAUUCCAGAGUCCAGGAUGCUUCCAAGUUGACCCCUUUGCACCUUGCUGUCCAGGCAGGCUCGGAGAUUAUUGUCCGCAACUUGCUUCUUGCAGGUGCCAAAGUGAAUGAAUUAACCAAGCACCGCCAGACCGCCCUCCACCUCGCUGCCCAGCAGGACCUGCCCACCAUCUGCUCAGUCCUCUUGGAGAAUGGAGUGGACUUUGCUGCUGUGGAUGAGAAUGGAAAUAACGCUCUUCAUCUUGCUGUCAUGCAUGGCCGACUCAACAACAUCCGGGUCCUUCUGACAGAGUGCACCGUGGAUGCUGAAGCCUUUAAUCUACGAGGCCAGUCGCCACUGCACAUUUUGGGACAGUAUGGCAAGGAGAAUGCUGCAGCCAUCUUUGAUCUCUUCUUAGAGUGCAUGCCCGAGUAUCCUCUGGAUAAACCGGAUGCAGAAGGAAACACAGUGCUGCUCCUGGCGUACAUGAAAGGGAAUGCCAACCUGUGCCGUGCCGUCGUCCGCUCGGGGGCCCGCCUGGGGGUGAACAACAACCAAGGGAUCAACAUCUUCAACUACCAGGUCGCUACCAAGCAGCUGCUGUUUAGACUCUUAGAUAUGCUGUCCAAGGAGCCUCCAUGGUGCGAUGGCUCCAACUGCUACGAGUGCACUACCAAGUUCGGAGUCACAACACGCAAACAUCACUGUCGUCACUGCGGACGUCUUCUUUGCCAUAAAUGCUCGACCAAGGAGAUUCCUAUUAUAAAGUUUGACCUGAACAAGCCUGUGCGAGUUUGCAACAUUUGCUUUGAUGUCCUGACUUUGGGGGGGGUCUCUUAGUGAACCCCCAGGAAGUUCCAGACCACAUCCUCAGUCGCCUCCCCAGCAGCUGCUCUGCUCACCAGCCUGGCCCCACCCAGAGCAGGCUCUGGCCGUCGUCUUCCCGCGGCAGGAGACUGGAACACUUACGGACCAGGUGACGGAGCCCAUUUCAGAUGAUUGUAUGACUGUCAGCGUGUCAGACCACAGUCGAGCUCGCUGGACGUCUCACUAGUCGGGCCAGGCCUAUACGCCUAAGUGGUAAAUGUGAUAGGAAUUAGACCCCAUUCUGCUAGCGAUGUAUAAGGACACUUGAAACCCAUUUUCUCUCCCAGUAGCUUAGUGUCCAUCUCAGAGCAUUCAUGACGUCUCCUGCCUGGGUGGAUGUCCCAGGCCGAGCCUGAUCGUAGGAAGUCAGUGUCUGGCUGCACAGCGAGAGCUGGUUUCCUCUAGGGUGAGUGGCUGUGGACUUCUCUGCACAGUGUUUUCAUAAAGGUAAAUAGGAUCCUCUUGGCCUGAAGUCUCUCACUCUUUUUUUUGUUUUUUGGAAAAGCUAAGCUGUAUUUUUAGUGAACUACCCCUUUAAAAAAGGUGAAAUCUUUCUAAACAGGGUUCAAAGAUGAGAGCUGAAAAAUUGUGGCCUUAACAACUGAAAGCUUUACCAGUAUUCAUGCUGCUGGGGUGUCCAGCUGCACUCUGGCAGCUUGACACCUCCUAGCAGCCGUCUUGUUCUCUCAUCUUGCCGUGUCCUGUCUGUGGAGUCUUCAGUUACCUGCCGCUAGGCAGUGGUGGAGAAAAUGCACUUUCAUUGUGCUGCACUUUUUAUAUAGCUGCAUUACUGGUGAUUCCAAUUUAAAAAUCCAUAUUCAAAAAUACCCUCACAUAUCUGUGCAUCAGUGAUUCUACCAGUCAGCUUUGACUGGACCUCAGCUCACACUAAGUCUUAAAUGGAAAACUCCCUUGGAGUGUCCUUUGGAGCAAGAGAGUCACACGGGGCCAAGUGAGGAGAGAGGGAAUCUGCAGCCUCAGACCAGCAGGUCCCAUCUCCUUGACAUGAGUGUUUCUUGCUAAAACCUUCCAAGUUACUCUGUGAGCGCCCUCAUUCCUGGGUCCCAGCUCUGCGUAGGUUCUUGAUCUGCCCUGUGAGAGCCACCAGCCAAAGGCCCUGGCCAAGCGUGUGUGACCCCGUUUUGGAAGGCUCAUGUGCUGAAUGAAGCCCCUGGAAUCCGUCAGGCCUUAGUCGCUGCUAGUACAUAUAUAUUAACCCUGAGGUGUUAAACUUUUUUCUUUUGAAGGUUUGGCCAGUUUUUUAAAAAUGCACAUUUAGAGAGAAACUUAUACCACUGCUUUAAAAAAAAAACAAAACACUCUGAGAUGAACAAUAUGUGUUGUACAGCUGUUCUCAGAUUAACAAUCUCAAUCAUACAUACUGUUUUUGUCAGACAUUUAGUAACCACUACAUUUUUUUGUUUGUUUGCAUUAAUGAAGUGUGCAUAAAUGUGUAAAAGGGACUAAAUAUUUUUUUGCAGCAGUCUGUAUUUUUUUGUUUGGAUAGUGAGUAUGUCCUCCAUGUCGCUGUAGAAUUUAUACAUCCUGUUGCCUAAAUAUGUGUGUAAAAUGAGCUGAUAAACCAGAGUGCUACUUUUUUUUAAUAUUUCUGUGAUUUAUAAGAUAGAUAUGCUUUCUAUGUUAAUAUGAGCUUGUGCACAGUGUUUCAAAGAAAAAAAUUAAUUACAAGAGUUCCCUAUCCCCCAAA